UUUCCUUCCUCGAAGCUUUAUGCGGCGAGCGACCCACUGGAGCACAAGGAAACCCUCGUCGUCUCCUUCCUCGUCGUUUUCGCUGCGGCAAUAGAAAGCUAAUCUCUCCGUUUUCUCUCUGCCUCGCGCAGCUCUUCUGUCGAUGCCGUUGUCUCAGCACGCGGCCGCACCGGGCUCUUCGCUGAUCCGCGGGGGUAAACGGCGGAGGGGCCGGUCGAAGGGAUCCCGCGCCAAGAAGAAGCAGAAGAGGCUGGACUCAAUUUGCGACGCUCCUGGCCCUGCUACCCCCGCGGGUCCGCAAUCGCCCGGCGACGACCGCGCCCUCAUCCGCCGCAGCUCCCGCGUCCGCCGGGCCCCGGCCUUCCUCGACUCGUCCCCUGCCCCCGCGCGCCGGAGGAAGAAGCGUAGGCUCCGGGAUUCCCCAAUACGGUCCGGCUCUGGUGUUGGUGGUGGUCGCAGGAGGAAGAAGAAGAGGCGGAAGAGAAGGGAUGAUGGAGAUGAUCUAGAAGAGGGAAAUCCGGUUUCGUUGCAGGAAAAAGAUGGUUCUCCUACUCAAGAAAUUAAAAUGUCGGAAGAGGAAGCAGAAGAUUGGAGAUCACGACUGCGAUCUAGGGUUGGAAAAAGAAAGGGAAAAUCACGCUCUUUUGAAGAGGUCGCUAUGAGGAAAGAAAAGGAGUCAGCGAAGCCAGUGACAAGUGGGAGUGUACUUAGUUCACAGGCAAUUCGAUCCAGUAGGAGGGGCAGAAGAAGGGGUUUUGGCGACGAAGUCAGUGUGAUCGCUGAAGAAACUGGAUAUCAAGGUGAGGUUUUGUCUUCAAAUGAUCAUGAAGAUAGUCGUGACAAAGCCUCUCAUGGAGAGGAACCUAAAAUUGUCACAGAUUCGCCAGUAUUUAGUGAACCAAACCAGGAAAUUGUAGCUCCUUUACCAUCCGAGGAGGGUAAAGAAAAUGCAGACCGUACAAAUGUGGCUGAUAAAGAAGAUCUCGAGCAGUCCGAAGAAGGAACUGCAAUCCCAAAUCUGCAGCUGGAUGAUGUUGAUCCUGGAAAUUGUUUAGCUACCUCAUUAAGUGAACAUGUUGAUGACAAACCUGUAAAGAGUGAAGACAUCUUAAAGGAAGAUAAACCGAAGCCGCCCAUUUUUGAUGAUAAGAUUGCAAGGAAGCAUGUUAAGGAGGGCCGGAGGUGUGGGCUGUGCGGGGGUGGGACUGAUGGAAGGCCACCUAAGAGACUUGUUCAUGAGUCAUCAGGGAGUGAUAAUGAGGCUUAUGAAGGAUCUUCAGCUUCGGAAGAACCAAACUAUGACGUAUGGGAUGGGUUUGGUGAUGAGCCUGGAUGGCUUGGUAGGCUCUUGGGUCCCAUUAAUGAUCGGUUUGGCAUUCCUCGUAUUUGGGUUCAUCAACAUUGUGCUGUUUGGAGUCCAGAGGUUUAUUUUGCUGGCUUGGGCUGCCUGAAAAAUGUUAGAGCUGCACUAUGUAGGGGAAAAGCAUUAAAGUGCAGUCGCUGUGGGAGACCUGGAGCAACCAUUGGUUGCCGUGUUGAUCGAUGCCCUAAAACUUAUCAUCUGCCUUGCAGUCGGGCAGAUGGUUGUGUAUUUGAUCAUCGCAAGUUUCUCAUAGCAUGCUAUGAUCAUAGGCAUCUAUUCCAACCUCAAGGAGCUGAAUAUGCUCAACAAGUUAAGAAAAUGAAAACUAAGAAGCUAAAGCUAGAAAUGAGAAAACUUUCACAUGAUGCAUGGAGAAAGGACUUAGAAGCUGAAGAGAAAUGGUUAGAGAACUGCGGAGAAGAUGAAGAGUUUUUGAAGCGAGAAGGCAAGAGGCUUCAUAGAGAUCUCUUAAGAAUUGCACCUAUAUAUAUUGGGGGUUCUGAAAAUGAAAAAAAUUUUCAAGGCUGGGAGUCUGUUGCUGGUCUGCAAGAUGUCAUCAAUUGCUUGAAAGAAGUAGUGAUAUUACCUCUUUUGUAUCCUGAAAUCUUCAAUAGUUUGGGCCUUACACCUCCUAGGGGUGUUCUAUUGCAUGGUUACCCUGGUACUGGUAAAACGCUGGUUGUGAGAGCAUUGAUUGGUGCAUGCUCUCGUGGGGAUAAAAGAAUUGCUUACUUUGCUCGCAAGGGUGCUGAUUGUUUGGGAAAGUAUGUUGGUGAUGCAGAGAGACAAUUAAGACUUCUUUUUCAGGUAGCAGAGAGAUGUCAGCCUUCUAUAAUCUUUUUUGAUGAGAUUGAUGGUUUAGCCCCAUGCCGCUCUAGGCAUCAAGAUCAAACACAUAAUUCGGUUGUAUCUACUUUACUCUCCUUGCUUGAUGGUUUAAAAUCUCGAGGUUCAGUGAUUGUAAUAGGUGCUACUAAUCGUCCGGAUGCUGUUGAUCCUGCUCUGAGGAGACCAGGUAGAUUUGACCGGGAAAUAUACUUCCCGCUUCCCAAACUGAAGGAUAGAUCUGCUAUUUUAUCACUUCACACAAAGAGUUGGUCGAAUCCUGUAUCUGGACCUCUUCUUUCAUGGAUUGCAAACCAAACCGCUGGUUAUGCUGGAGCUGAUCUGCAGGCACUUUGUACCCAAGCAGCAAUGAAUGCCUUGAAGAGGAAUUGUGCACUGCAAGCACUGUUAUCUUCUGCUGAAAAAGGGUUUGGUGGUGGUAAACUUCCUUCCCUGCCUUUGUUUAUGGUUGAGGAAAGGGACUGGUUGACAGCUCUUGCAGCUGCUCCUCCCCCGUGUUCACGUAGAGAAGCAGGAAUGGCAGCAAAUGAUGUAGUCACUUCACCUCUUCACUCUCAUCUCAUUCCAUGUCUUCUCAAGCCACUGUCAAAACUCCUGAUUUCGUUUUACAUUGAUGAACGGCUCUGGUUACCUCCUGCAAUUCUGAAGGCGUCAGAGUCUCUUAAGAGUGUCAUUACUGCAGCACUUGAACAGAAAAGACUUCACAUUGGCUUUUGGUGGUCUCAUUUUGAUUCUUUGAUUAACCAACCAUCUGUUGCAAAUGAGAUAGAGAGAACUCUUUGUCACUAUGGCCUUGUAACUGCUAGAUCAGGAUAUGAUCAUUCUUAUAUGCUGGAUGAUGUCAAUUUUGACUUUGAAAAGUUUGAUUCAUAUAGAUCGAAACUGUCUGAAUUUUCUGAUCCUAGUAAGUCAAAAAUAAAGCUUGUUGAAUUAGGACAAUCAUCAGGGUUCCGAGCUUUAAUUGCUGGAACACCCAGGUCUGGCCAGCAACAUCUAGCCAGCUGUCUCCUUCAUGGCUUCUCAGGCCAUUUAGAAAUUCAGAAGGUUAAUUUGGCGACUAUGUCACAGGAAGGACAUGGAGAUAUCAUUCAUGGAUUGACACAGAUACUCUUGAAAUGCAUGAAGAGAGGAAGAUGCAUGAUCUAUAUGCCUAGGAUUGAUCUGUGGGCAAUUGAAACUCUCAGGAAGGAGCCCGAGUAUAAUGAUUCUGGCCCAGAGACCUGCAAAUUAUCCGCCGUGUCUGUGGUAAAUGACGUGAUAAGAAUUGCUUCAGAAGCUUGGAAUCUUUUUGUUGAGCAGGUGGAUUCUGUGACAGCACCUGCAUCUUUAAUCAUUAUGGCCACUUGUGAAAUGCAAAUUCAUAGUCUUCCAGUUGGAAUAAAGAAAUUCUUCACAAAUUAUGUGCCAGAUGAUGCUGGUUCAAUUCCUCUCGAGCACACUGUACCACGAUUCUCAGUUGAUGUAGAUGGAAAAUUUAACCAUGAUCUGCUAAUUAGUUCAUGUGCUGCAAAAUUAUCAGAGGAUUUGGUUCAGCAUUAUAUUCAGUUGAUUCAUCACCAUACUCAUUUGUUCAAUUCUCAUGAUGUGAAUGAAACCUUUCAAACCAUGGAAGCUCAUUCAGAACCUCAAACACACUGUGAGAGACAAGCAACUUUAGUCACUAACAAGCAAAUGGAUCCUAAUCAGAAAGCUUCAGGAGUUGGAGAUCAAGAUCAGCAACAUGUAGCUGGCGAUCAGGUGUGGCCCCUGCCAUCUACUUUAAGAGGUCAUGACGAAAUUGGCAAUCAGCACCAUAGUCAUCAAGAUUCGAUUCCAAAAACUCUUCAUAAAGGUGUGAAGGGUGGUUCCGUGUUGUCAAUUGCAACAUUUGGCUACCAAAUUUUACGAUGCCCUCAUUUUGCAGAGCUUUGUUGGGUAACCUCAAAACUGAAAGAAGGACCUUGUGCAGAUGUAAAUGGUCCUUGGAAGCGUUGGCCAUUUAAUUCUUGUGUGAUGAAUACUUGCAGCUCACCUGAAAAAGUAGUUACUGGAGUAAAUAGCAAUCCUAAAGAUAGGGAACUCUCUGGUACAGUAAGAGGCUUAAUAGCAGUAGGCUUAUUGGCUUACCGUGGUAUUUACACAUCAGUCAGAGAAGUGUCAUUUGAGGUUAGAAAGGUUUUAGAGCUCUUAGUUGGACAGAUUCGUGCUAGGAUUUCAGGCAGGAAAGACACAUUCCGUUACCUUCGUAUUCUCUCACAGGUGGCUUACCUUGAGGAUGUUGUUAAUAGUUGGGCUUACACUUUCCGCAGUUUACCAGCGGAGAGUCAUAGAACAGCACCAAAUGCUAAGCCAACAAUUUUAGGGGAUGCAGCAAUGGAUAUUGGCCUUAAUGAAAACUACAUUCUUGGAAAUAGAUCAAGUGUGCCAAUUGUUCCUGAAAAGGGCUGCAAUGAACUUCAAGACAUGUUAGCCAGAGGAAAUCCUGAUGAAUUUGUGAAUGAUGGUGAAGACAAUAAUUUGAUCCAAGGACUGGCAUCUCAGUCAGUGUCUACUUCUGAUGUUUGUGUCUUAGAAAAAGGUGAGCUUUUCCCAUCUGCUCCUUGUCCAUCUGGAUUAUAUCAAAGUUCUGAAGCUGCAGGUGCACUACCAAGUGGAAACGGAAUGAGCAGAUUUGAGAGUCCAAUUGUGAAAAGUCCAGAAACCAAGGAUCAAUCUAGUGGCUUGGAAAAGACAGAAAGCAAUCUUCCUUCAGUGACUAAUAUCUAUAAUGAUGACAGCGUAGUGAAGGAUACAACCUCUUACUCCACAAGAUUUUCAAAUCCUUGCAAUGAUUCGGUAAAUGUUCUUUCUUCGAACAAUGCUGGGUUUGUUACUGAUGAACUGGCUACAGCAACUAACUUCGCACAUGGAAGUAGUAGCAGUCUUUCAACUGUUUCUGGUAUUUCAUGUCUUUACUGCUGUUGUUGCCGCUGCCUGCAAACUUUGUUUGUGUUGGUUCGCGGGAUUCUCUCUGAUUCCUGGAGGUCUUGUGGUCAUUGUUCAAGGAUUGAUGAUAUUCAUGAUAUUCUUGCUUCAUGUUCCUUGAAUAUCGUAGCAACAAUUAGGCAAUGCUUUUGUUCUCCAAGUAGUCAUGGUAAUGAAGAAAGCUUUGGAAGAGAACAAUAUGUCAGAAUGCAGUCUGAACAUUGUGCCUGUGAGAAACACAGUGAUAAACAACUUCAGAAGGUACCUGGCCAUUGCUCUUCUUCUGAAGUCGAAAGUGUACCUGCAGAAUGUGUUUACCACUUAAGAAACAAGAAUGAGACUGGGACAACUGAUUAUGAGAGUGAUUCCCUUGCACCAGUUUUGAAGUUUUUUCUUAAAGAUGGUGUAUUGAUGCCUGCAGAUCCCCAAAUAGGAGCCGCCCUCCAUUGUAGAUUUGAUAAGCUAUGCCUUUCUUCCAUAGUACAAAUGAUUUUACUGAAUAAGCAACAUUUGGAUUGAUAUCAUGCAGUUGUGUUGAUUGAAAUCAAUUCUCUGUUUCUCCUGCAUCAAUGUAACUGCACAGAUGCACAAAUUUUCUCCAUUCAAAUCCUGCUUGACCGUUUACAGGAACAUCGUGGUUUGUUAUUUUUUAUAUGGAAUUAAUUCUUUGAAAACAUUUAGGUAUGGAUAGCGAUGUAUCCUUUUUCGAGAUCUUUCAAACACUAUCUUUUUCAAAAA